AAUGGACCAAAAAGCAGGAUAACGCAGAUCAAAUAUAACAUUCUCCACAAUAAUGGCAGUAGGUCGGUUAUCACAAGCGUUGCUGGUGCUUUUUUGCCAUGUUCUCUACUCCAGCUCUUCCUUCCAGCCAGCUCUGGUGCUGGAUAUGGCGAAAAUUCUACUCGACAACUACUGCUUCCCUGAGAAUCUGGUCGGCAUGCAGGAGGCCAUUCAGCAAGCCAUCAACAGUGGAGAAAUCCUCAAAAUAUCUGACCGAAAGACCUUGGCAUCUGUGCUGACGGUUGGCAUGCAGGGUACACUCAAUGACCCUCAGCUGACUGUGUCCUUCUAGCCAAACUUUGUCCCAGUGAUGCCGCCUGCUCUCCCAUCUCUCCCCACGGAGCAGCUCAUCCGUCUGGUCAGAAACUCUGUGAAGCUGGAGGUCCUUAAGAACAACGUGGGCUACCUGAGGAUCGACCGCAUUAUAGGGAAGGAGACCGCCGCCAAGCUUGGCCUGCCACCCUGGGACAACAUCUGGAACAAGGUCACCCACGCCUCCUUAUUAUUCUUUGAUCUGCGCUACAGCACAGCUGGGGAGCUGUCCGGAGUCCCUUUCAUCAUCUCCUAGUUCUCCGACCCAGAACCCCUUAUUCACGUUGACACUGUGUUCGAUCGAACCUCUAACACCACUAAGGAGCUGUGGACUAUGUCAUCUAUCAUGGGAGAGAGGUAUGGAAAGGAAAAGGACCUCAUCAUAUUAACCAGUAAGCAUACUUUUGGAGCGGCUGAGGCAAUCUCUACACUCUGAAGCAUUUGAAUAGGGCUAUCAUUGUUGGAGAGAGGUCAGCUGGGGGGUCAGUGAAAGUGCAGAAGAUAAGAAUAGGAGAUUCUGGUUUCUACAUCACAGUUCCA